CGCCCCUCGGACCCAGCCGCCGCCGCCGCCGCCGCCUCCUCCUCCACGGGGCCAUUAAAGCCAAUGAGCCGCGCGCCUCUGCCCAGCGCAGCCAACUAAAUCGGCUUGGAUGAUUCGUGACCUGAGCAAGAUGUACCCGCAAACCCGACACCCGGCUCCGCAUCAGCCUGCCCAGCCCUUUAAAUUUACAAUUUCCGAAUCCUGUGAUCGGAUUAAGGAAGAGUUUCAGUUUUUACAGGCUCAAUACCACAGUUUGAAGCUGGAAUGUGAGAAACUUGCCAGUGAGAAGACAGAGAUGCAGCGGCAUUAUGUCAUGUAUUAUGAAAUGUCCUAUGGGUUGAAUAUAGAAAUGCAUAAGCAGGCAGAGAUAGUCAAGAGGCUAAAUGCUAUCUGCGCACAAGUUAUUCCUUUCCUGUCUCAAGAGCACCAGCAACAAGUGGUGCAGGCUGUGGAACGGGCCAAGCAGGUGACCAUGGCAGAACUGAACGCCAUCAUUGGGAUCAGUCCAGAUGUUGUGAGGAAUCCCGAGAUCUGUGGCUUGUUUAGGAGGAGAAAUGUGAUCUUUAAGCGACCAUCUCUCUUGGGUUGGGCUGCAUCCUGUCUUUCUCCCACACAGCAACAACUCCAGGCUCAGCAUUUAUCACAUGGACAUGGUCUGCCUGUGCCUCUGACACCACACCCUUCAGGGCUUCAGCCUCCUGCCAUUCCACCCAUUGGCAGCAGUGCCGGACUUCUGGCCCUCUCCAGUGCCCUGGGAGGUCAGUCUCACCUUCCCAUUAAAGAUGAGAAAAAGCACCAUGACAAUGAUCACCAAAGAGACAGAGACUCGAUCAAGAGCUCCUCAGUAUCCCCAUCAGCCAGUUUCAGAGGUGCUGAGAAGCACAGAAAUUCUACAGACUACUCCUCAGAGAGCAAAAAGCAGAAAACAGAAGAAAAGGAAAUUGCAGCUCGUUAUGACAGUGAUGGUGAGAAGAGUGAUGACAACUUGGUAGUUGACGUGUCCAACGAGGAUCCAUCUUCCCCUCGAGGGAGCCCAGCACAUUCCCCGAGGGAGAAUGGCCUGGACAAGACACGCCUGCUCAAGAAAGAUGCCCCGAUCAGCCCUGCCUCAGUUGCAUCCUCUAGCAGCACUCCUUCCUCCAAAUCCAAAGAGCUGAGCCUUAAUGAAAAAUCCACUACUCCUGUUUCAAAGUCCAAUACACCUACUCCGCGCACUGAUGCACCUACACCUGGCAGCAACUCUACUCCUGGCCUGAGGCCUGUUCCUGGAAAGCCACCAGGAGUGGACCCCUUGGCAUCCAGCCUGAGGACCCCGAUGGCUGUACCUUGUCCAUAUCCAGCCCCAUUUGGAAUUGUGCCCCAUGCUGGCAUGAAUGGGGAGCUGACCAGCCCCGGAGCCGCCUAUGCUGGGCUACACAACAUCUCCCCCCAGAUGAGCGCUGCUGCCGCCGCCGCCGCUGCUGCCGCCGCCUAUGGAAGAUCACCAGUGGUGGGAUUUGAUCCACACCAUCAUAUGCGUGUGCCAGCAAUACCUCCCAACCUGACAGGCAUUCCAGGAGGAAAACCAGCAUACUCUUUCCACGUCAGUGCAGACGGCCAGAUGCAACCUGUCCCCUUUCCCCCGGAUGCCCUCAUUGGACCUGGGAUCCCCCGACAUGCCCGGCAGAUCAACACCCUCAACCACGGGGAGGUGGUGUGUGCAGUGACCAUCAGCAACCCCACGAGGCACGUGUACACAGGAGGCAAGGGCUGCGUCAAGGUCUGGGACAUCAGCCACCCUGGCAACAAGAGCCCCGUCUCUCAGCUGGACUGUCUGAACAGGGAUAACUACAUCCGUUCCUGCAGAUUGCUCCCUGAUGGUCGCACCCUAAUUGUUGGAGGCGAAGCCAGUACUCUGUCCAUCUGGGACCUGGCUGCUCCAACUCCUCGCAUCAAGGCGGAGCUGACUUCCUCAGCCCCCGCCUGCUACGCCCUGGCCAUUAGUCCUGACUCCAAGGUCUGCUUCUCAUGCUGCAGUGAUGGCAACAUCGCCGUGUGGGACCUGCACAACCAGACCCUGGUGAGGCAAUUCCAAGGCCACACAGAUGGCGCCAGCUGUAUCGACAUUUCUAAUGAUGGCACCAAGCUGUGGACAGGCGGUUUGGACAACACAGUCAGGUCCUGGGACCUGCGUGAAGGGCGGCAGCUGCAGCAGCAUGACUUCACCUCACAGAUCUUUUCUUUGGGCUACUGCCCAACUGGAGAAUGGCUUGCAGUGGGGAUGGAGAACAGUAAUGUGGAAGUGUUGCAUGUCACCAAGCCAGACAAAUACCAGUUGCAUCUUCAUGAGAGCUGUGUGCUGUCACUCAAAUUUGCCCACUGUGGCAAAUGGUUUGUCAGCACUGGAAAGGACAACCUUCUGAAUGCAUGGAGGACACCUUAUGGGGCCAGCAUAUUCCAGUCCAAAGAAUCUUCAUCGGUGCUUAGCUGUGACAUCUCUGUGGAUGACAAAUACAUUGUCACUGGCUCUGGGGAUAAGAAAGCCACAGUUUAUGAAGUUAUUUAUUAAGGACAAAUCUUCAUGCAAACUGGACUCCCUCUUGUAGCACUUUGCCCCAUCAUCCUUUUUAGUUCAUCCCCUCUCAUGCGUUUCAAACCAAGGAUUUCAUAUACUCAUUGCAGUUGUGGAGUUUAACCCCUUCCUUAAGCCCACUGCCUCCUUGCUAUUGAAUUGUGAAUACUCAUUAAGAACCUGUGAUACCAAAUCUUCAGCUGUCUACUUGGAAGAACAUGGAAUAAGCAUAUUUAACAGUGAAUUGAACCGUUAAUUAUGUAUUAUAUCUGUAAUAUAUUUAUUUUGUUUAAAGAGGGCUUUCUAACAAUGACUGACUAAAUAAAGCUGUCUGCUCCUGCAUUGAUAUUGACGGCGCGUUGUAUGAUACCUUUCUCACCCCCUUUUUGGUAAAGAAGGGGAAAGGAAGGUUUAAAAUAAUUGAUUCAAAAUGUCACUAAAUGUAGAGUUGACUGUAUAGAGAUGUGAAAUGUAUAAUUACACAUGGAAGCAAUAUGUUGCUGUGUUGUUAUAAGUGUUUCUUUUGUUUUCUAUUUUUUUAUAGACUUUGGAAAUUUGGCUGAGCAAGUAGAACAUGACAGGCCAAGUACUAUUCAUUUGAGUCUAUUUGGGCCACUUUAACGGAUAUAUCUAUAACUAUAUUCGAUAAAAGUAAUUGGACAUAUUUCUUUUUAUUUGACUUGUCAACAAGUGUCUGUAAUAUAUUUUUAAUUCCCUUUUUAUUGUAUUAUAGACAGAUGAACAAAUUAAAUUGGGCCUCAAAGAGCGAACUUAAUCCCUUCCGGAUUUUUUUUGCCACAUUUCUUUGCAAAGGGAGAUGUAUGUCCUUGGGCAUUUGGGUUGUUACAAGGAUUGGUGGGCCAUUCUGUGACAUGCUCUUUUAGAGCUGCACAGAGUCGGGAAUGACAUCUACCACUGUGCAAGGCAAGUCUCAGAAAGCAAGGUCAGCAGAGGAGGCUUUGCAGAGCCCUGCUUGAUAAGACACAAAGAACAGACUCUUCUGGGAUGAGCACGUGCUUUCUUUACCUCCAGUUCUUUCCAUGUCUUAGUUGGAUGUCCCUGAAAUGGACACAGGCUGUGCCAUUGUGCCAGAAACAUCGUGUUACCUUUUAUGUUGUUGUUGCUGUUAAACUAUAAUAUGUGACUCCUUUUUUAUUAUUAUUUUUGUUCGAAUGCUUUAAGAAAAACCUUUUAAGUCUGUGGAUCUGCUGAUGUACAGUGCCUUUGCUGCUAUGAAUCAAAAUCAAGAGACCCAUGUAGAUAAAUUUACUGUACACGUAGAAAAUCUGAAUUUCAUACUAGAAAUGAAUGGAUGCUGCAAGUUGAAAUGGACUGUCCAUUGACGUUCCUUGUGUGGUAGCAGAAAAAAAUGGUGUCUUAAGUGCUUAGUGUUUGAUGUCAUUAACAGUUUCGUAAGACUACAGUGUAGAAAGAUUUUGAUACUAAAGUGUGUGUUGUACAUAGUUCUAAUGCAUUGUGUGGACCACCAGUACUUCUAUGAUGGUAGAUUGUUUGUGCAUUCAGACUUUUAAGCAUUAAACAUAAAUAACUUCUGGUA